CACAAAUCAAAAUUUUGUAUCUAGAUUCACUUUCUAAAAUUAUCCUAUUAUUAUUGAUUUAUUUUUUUUUUUAAUGAAAAUUCCAAGUUUUAUGGCAUUGAUUUUUUUGCUAUUCCUAAUCUGCAAUAUAGGUCAUGCUUUAAGUCUUUACAGGGAUUCCUCGGGCAACGAUACUCGACUUUCAUUCACAAGCAUUCUUUUCAGGCAUGGUCAACGAAACCCCAAUGCAUUCUACCCUAAGGAUCCUUACAUAGACAUGUCGUACUGGCCUGAUGGGUUAAAAAUGCUAACGAAAAAAGGUAAACUUCAGGAAUAUGAGCUAGGUCAAUGGCUAAGGAGGCGCUACGAAUCUCUAAUACCAGAUGGGAAAUAUUCUGAAGAGUUAGUUUACGUACAAAGCACAGAUGUCGACCGGACUUUGAUGAGCGCCCAGGCAAACCUUGCGGGACUUUUCUACCCUAGAAAAGAAGAGAUGUGGAGCGAUCUACCUUGGCAGCCCAUACCGGUACACACUGUUCCAAAAAAACUAGACAAGCUCUUAUCAAUGGGAUUUCCAUGCCCAAGAUUAAUAGAGGAAGACCACGCAGUGAAAAAAUCUGACUUUCUCAAGAAGUACAACGAAGAACACAAAAAACUCUACAAGUAUCUAACAAAAUACACAGGAGAAAAGAUAAAAGACCCCAAAAGCUGUGAUUUAAUUUACACUAAUUUAUUAAUUGAGUCACAAACCAUAAAUAACUUUACGAUCCCAGAUUGGGCAAAAAAGGUUUAUCCAGACACACUACACAAAAUAGGUGGUUUUAGUUUUGCCCUACCGACAAGUACAACAAUUCUGAAACGACUGCGAGGAGGUCCACUAUUGAAGGAAAUAAUAACUCAUAUGAAGCAGAAAAGAAAUGGAAUAUUGUUUCCAAACAGAAAUCUGUGGAUCUAUUCUGGACAUGACGAUACUGUAGCAGCUCUGCUCAACACUAUGGGAGUCUUCGAACAACACAUGCCACCUUUUACAGCAACAGUCAUGGUAGAUUUGAGGAAAAAUAAAAACAACAAAUUUUUUGUCGAGAUAUAUUACAAGAACUCAACAGAGGAACCGUUCCUCCUCACCAUUCCAGGGUGUACUCCAACUUGCCCAUUAGAUGAUUUUGAAGCACAUUUAUCAGAGGUCAUUCCAGAAAACUGGGAUGCUGAAUGCCAAGUCAACUGAUAAAACAGCCCACAUUCCUAACAACGAUACAUUUAAAAGAAAAGUCAUUUAUAGUUAAAAGUACAUAAGCAAUAUUUUUAUGUUUUUAAAUAGAA